AUGCAAUUUAUUUCCAUCCGCAGGGACAGCAUCAGCACCAUCACCACCAGACUGAUCAUUGCCUUCUCCUUCUUCCACCUCAGAUACCUUGACUCUCAGCUCAGGAUGUCGCAUACCCUGACGCCGCGUGCAUCGGCAUGCUGUCGAAGGGUCCUCUUCAGCGACGUCGUUCCUCAGCGACAGUUUCGCCGGUCAUUAGUCCAAAUCCAAACAGCUCCAGUCCCCAAACUCGACGUUCCAGCCGAUCUCCCCAAACAAUUCUGGCCUCAAUUGACCCCGAGGCUACGACCUGAUUUUAAAAAACGCGAGAUAAUAGUCCACCCUGCAGUCCCUUCAGAAGCACAGAAAUGUAAAAACCCUGUCGCAUUGAUCGACUCGCAGCAACUGUCGCAACUCGACCCAACAGGUGCUCGAAGUCGGCUGUUUGAUACGACGAACAAAGAAUGCGUCAAAGUCGGCGAUAUCCUCCUGACUACCUUUAAGUCGGGCGAACCGUUCUCCGGCGUGGUGCUAGCAAUCAAGGGAUCUGGCCCGCACACCUCAGUCCUCCUCCGAAAUCAAUUAACAAAAAUCGGUACCGAGAUGUUGAUCAAGGUACACAGCCCGCUCGUCCAGAGCAUGGAAGUGGCAUGGCGGGUACCCAAACGCAAGAGGAAGGCUCGUCUAUACUACAUGCGCAGACCUGACCAUGACAUGGGCAGCGUCCAGAAAGUGGUAGAUCAGUAUCUGAGACAACGGGCACUAUUGACUGGUACCAAGAGAACCAGUCAAUUUGCUGAUCGGUCGAAGAAAGGAAAGAGACGAUGAGCAUGUCUCUGGCGGGCAUUUGUAUUAACAGCCUCGAGGUUAUGUAUUGGCGGUUUAUUGAUGACCCAACUAUAAUUUUCAUCUCUGGAUCCGAACACUUGGUAAAACCUUUGCGUUUUAUUUUUCUAAAUAAUGCUUUUGUUGGUCGUUCAUGUGACUUGUUGGAGAUGUGUUGGAACGUUCAUGCCAGAAUUGAAGUGGGUGUAUCUCGCCAAAAUCAUCACUGUAU